AUGGCUGAAGGACAUGUUGUUGAGAUUGCCAAAGCCGUGGUUGGAAAGCUCGGCGAGAUUGUAGUGAAUGAAGCAAAGCUGGUUCUCAACUUCAGAGAGGACUUUGAAUGGUUGCAAACGCAGCUCACAGAUAUUUCUGGUUAUCUACAAGCUGCAGACCAGCAAAGUGCGCUCGAUGCUUCUACCAAACGCUGGUUGACGGAAGUGAGCGAUAUUGCUCUUGAUGCAGAAGAUAUAGUUGAUGAGUGCGCUGUUGAGCCUUUGUAUACAAGGCCCACUCAAUCAUCAUGUUUCCGCUGCUUUAGUCAAUCAAUCUUCCAGCGUAAGAUGGGGAAGAGGAUUAAAGAUCUGAAAGAUAGGAUGAGCUCUGCUAUUAAAAAGGCAGGGGAGCUCAGUCUUGUUCGUCAGGUGUUGAAUUCGAAUCAGGCUUCAACUAGUACUUCUGAAAGAGAAAGAGGAAUGACAGGAUGGAAUGCCUUGGAGGAAGAUUCACGAGAAGUGGGUGUGGAGCAGAAGGUGAAGGAAAUAGAGAGAUUGUUAGAGGAUCCUGCUGUUGGUGUUGUUGCCGUCGUGGGUAUGGGCGGCCUGGGGAAGACAUUCCUUCUAAAGAAUGUCUACGACAGAAUUAAAGGUAGGUAUGACCAUCCUGCCUGGAUUUCUGUUUCGGAGACUUAUUCUCUUAGAAAGAUACAGUCUGACUUGGCCUCCAACAUUGAUUUACAAAUAAACGAUCAGAUAACUGAUUUCCGAGCAGCUGAAUUGAUACAAAGUAGGUUGCAUGGCAAAACAUGUUUGAUUGUUCUGGAUGAUGUGUGGAAGAGUAGUGUCGAUGGUAACUUGAUAUCAAGACUCGGUCUUCCCACUGGAAGAAAUAAUAAGUGUCAAAUUUUAGUUACCAGCAGAAGUAGAGAUGUUGCUGCACACUUAAAUGCCUAUGUGUAUGAGAUGCAACUCCUAUCCAAAGGGAACAGCUUGAAGCUGUUUUGCCUUUUUGCAUUUCCAGGUCUUAAGAAAAAUAGGCCCCCUGAGCAUCUGGAGAGCGUGGCAGAUCAAAUUGUAGAAGAAUGCGGGAGGUUGCCACUGGCCGUUAAGACAAUUGCGGCAUCCUUGGCAAGCUGUUCGGACUUGGGGUUGUGGGAGUCAAAACUGAGAAAAUUAAAAGAUGUAGCAGGGGCAGAUGACUCCACGAUGCAGAUCCUCAAGUUGAGUUACACAUCUCUUCCUCCUUAUCUCAAAGCUCGUUUUGCUUAUUUUUCUUUCUUUCCAGAGGACACAAAGAUCUCUUUUUCUACAAUGAAAAGUAUAACAGAAAUAAAUCAGGAAUAUUUGAUAAACUUGUGGAUAGCCGAAGGGUUUAUUCCACAAGAAAAGGACACAGAACAGUAUGAUAAUGGAUUGACUUACUUGCAACAACUAAGAAAUCUUUGUCUGUUUGAAUUAGACAGAGUUGGAGCUUGUUACACCGUUCAUGACUUGUUUGUUGAUUUGGUUGUUAAUAUAAGUAAAGAACAUAAGUGUGAAUUUAAUCUUCCAGUGAAAAAAACAAGUUGCCGCAGGUUGCUAUUGUCUAAACAGGGUAUAACUACAAAUGCAAUUUUAGAAAGCUCUCUUGACCGCCAACGAUCUCUCCGCACUAUCUCAUUCUCUCACAAUCCAGAUAUUACAAGUAUUCCAAAAUGCUUAUUUGAUCAUCUCAGAGUGCUCCGGAUUGUCGACUUUAGUAGCACUACGAUCUCUACACUACCAAAAUGUGUCGGAAGAUUGAAGCUUUUAAAGGUUCUCAAUUUGUCUCACACAAAAAUUAGGGAGCUGCCUCAUUGUGUUAGAAGACUCAAGAGUCUUGAGUAUCUUGAUGUUUCCGGAUGCACUAGCAUACAAUGUCUACCUAACUGGAUAGGUGAACUCAAGUCUCUUUCCCAUCUUGAUAUAAACAACUGUUCUGAAAAACUUUCUAACAGUCAUGUACCCAAAGGAAUAUCAAAUCUUGUGAGUCUGAGGACACUGAGGUCAGAGGUCUUCCCAUUGUCUAUAAAAGAGAAUCAGUUCUUAAAUGUUAAAGACGUCGGCAAUUUGAUUAAUCUUCAGGAAAUAAGUUUUCGUUUACAAGAUAUAGGUGCGUUGAGAAGUGUAGAAUAUGGUACCCUUGAGGGUCUGGUGAGGAUGAGAGUUCUUCUGGUACAGAAUGACAUUCCAGAAUGGGAGUGCCGUAAGUUAGAAGAAUACAAUCUUCUAACAUGUGACUGUGACGGUGACAUAGAAGAAUACAAUCUUCCAGCAUUCCCAAAGAAAAUGAAUGUUAUGAAAGAUCUUCAACAACUUGGCCUUUGUCGUUUCUCCGUGCCAAGUUGGAUAUGUGAUAUGGUAAAUUUGACAGAACUUUCAUUGGUCGAGUGCACUGGUUAUAAGUCGCUCAAAAACAUGCCCAACCUACAGACAUUGACUUUGAUGGGAGAUUCGAGAUGCAGACAAUUUCCGAAGAACUUUGGCGCGAGUGGGGGAUUUCCUAAGCUGGUUAAGCUGCGUAUUGUUCAGUUCCGUAUUGUGGAGGAGUUGCCGGCAUUGGAGGUGGGAGCAAUGCAACGUCUUCAACUACUACAUAUAUGUGAUUGUCCGUGGGUGAAGAAAGUUCCAAAGGGAUUUGAGCUGCUGACGAGACUAAAGAGGAUAGUUGUUGAUGAGGCAAGUGAUCAGUUAAUGGAAAGUUUAAAGGAAGGCGGGGAAGAUUGGAAUAAAAUCAAAGCUAAUAAUUUCAACAUUGAGAUCGAGUUUUUAUAG